AUGAGUAAUGGAGGCACGUCUCGUCCACCCGAGUCGGACCAGACGAGCUUUGAGCCAUUCAGCCUUGUGAUGGGGGAGAAGUCGGCAGAAUGAAGGUUCGGAGAAAGCGGCUGUAGCCGCUAGAGAGCUCUUGUCAGCUCACAAUAAAUAGCGACCUCAUCAGACAUGGACACAACUGUUUGCCUGUGCCGCUGUGCACCCCAGUAGUUGUCUCGUCAGAUAGAACCAUCGUCGCCGAGGCAAAUGUGUUCAGCUCACUGCUCACUCAUUUACCCAAUACUGUAGACAGCAAGCUGUUAAGAAUCGGCCAUAAAGGCCUCAAAAAGUACAGCCUACGAGCUCAGUAUUCAUUCAUUUCCUGAUUCGCCCUGCAGAUUACCCGUGGAUCUAGUUGUACAAGUCACAUGCCUAGUAGUAAUGACAGGACCAGUCUGUGUGCUAUGUGGCAGCAGUGGGAAGCGCGGCAGGCUGCUGAAAUGUCUCCAUUCCUUGUGCGUGGAGUGCGUCGAGAUCCAAACCAACGAAGACAGCUCGUUGCGCUGUGCGGACUGUGGAACGAUAACACCACCGUCGCCGCUGGCUGGAAUACCGCUGUUGCAGUUCUUGCCAGAUUGUGAUGUGUACAGUAUCGGUGACAAUAGGGAUGGAUCACCAGUGCGGGGGCACAUGACGUGUUGUGACGAGUGUGCGGAGGAUACCAAAGCAGUGGCUACCUGUGUUGAAUGCGAAGAGCAUUUCUGUGCUGUUCAUGCUGAAGGGCAUGUCGCCUCUCGCCGCUUUUACAAGCACAACGUCGUGUCCCUCUGCGAAAUGGGGCCGCUGUUUUCUCACGAUACCGUGGACGCGGCGAGCAAUGUCACCAAGUGCCCACUGCAUCCGUCGUCGAAGCAAACACACUACUGCAUGGUCUGUGAAAAGAUCCUCUGUGACAAAUGCCUCUCAUCCAAUCGACAUGACCAGCAUCGCAGUGAUUUGCUUAUGAUCAAUCAAGCUGCUGCCACAAUCAAAGACAGCCUCAUCACAGAGCUGAAAGCCCUUUCCUCAGAUGGAGAAAGCCCGCUCGAGCAGGCAUUGAGUCAAGUAGACGAUACGCUCUCCAGUCUGCAUAACCAAACCGAAGCGGUGUCAUCUCAAAUCGAGGACUUCUGCAUGGAAUUGAAGAAUACUGUUGACAAGCGGCAACGGCAACUGCUCAAUGCUGUGGAUGAUAUGCAGUCUCAGCAUCGCACUGCUUUGGAAGAGCGACAGCGAUGCAUUGCGACCAGUUUGAACUUGGGCCAGAGAGUAAAACAUCUAACGGAGAAUUGCAUCUCUGACAGGAACUUCUUGAAGAUGUGUGGAUGGCUUCAAGAGGCGACAUGUCAUGCCCUGGUGGCUGUAAGUGAAAUGGAAAUGAAACCUCCCGCACCUAUUACUCUACUCUUUGCACCACACAGCCGAAAAGAGUCUGAAGCAAUCCUCACCAGCGCUGGCUUUCUCACAGAACAGCUGUGCUCUGAAAGGAGUAAGAUGACCGUUCCAGCUGCACUGAAACGAGGACAAGAUCUCCUAGUAUCGAUUGAGCCAAGAAGUGCACUUGGUGACCAGCUGGCUGGAACAAAGGAGCAGGCGGAUAAACUGAGGAUUGAAGUAACGUCUUCCGAUGAUGAUGAUAUUGUUUACCCUGUCACUAAGGCAACACAUACCGGUGCUUCUCCACCUAGCAUGCUGGUUGCUGAAUUGAAGACGGCUGGAAUGAUAGGGGAGAUCCGAGUGUCCGCCACAGUCAACCAGCGUCACCUACAAGGAAGUCCUGCUGUCAUUGCCAUCCAAGAACCAUCGCUGACAUUUGACUCUGGCCGCUGCCAUGGUGGUAUGCUACUGUCUGAUGAUGCUAGAGCGGUCACACACAACUCUGGGCGCAGGGAGUGGAAGUCGGUGUGCGGUGUAGAACGAUGGAGUGCGGGACAACACGACGUCAGUGUCCGCAUCGAUCACAUCACCACCGGCGACAUCCACCACAUGAUCUUCAUGUGCAAUGCCGAACAGCCUACGCUAGGUACCUAUGAGCGUGGGCAGACGAGAUGCUUUGGCUGGCAUAGCACCUAUGGACGCGGCCAUGAGCACUGGACGGGCAGUGCCUUGGGCCAACCUUGGCAAGCCGGCGAUGUCAUUCACAUGUCACUGGACUGCGAGAGCUGCACGCUGGUCGGUUGUCAUGAGCGCACCGGAGCAAUGCAGACACUAACCAAUGUCACUGGUGAGCUUUGCCUCUAUGUUAGCCUGCUUUGUGAUGGAGAUCAAGUCAGCAUUCUGUGAACUCACCGUACAUGUUUCCACUGGCACAGGCGAAAAAGCCGGUUAUGUGAAUGACAUCAUCGCAUAUGGUUUGUAUGGAGAAACUGUCGAGUGCCGACAUCAUCGCAUAGUAUGGAAUGGAAAGCCAGUGCUUGUGCCGAUACUCCCUGUGACUUUUAAAAGCCAAAUGAUGAAGCAUAACACCGUCAUACUCGGAAGUACAGCUGUUAUAUUUCAUCCCACCUUGCUUGAUCAUUAAUUUUGUACAUUCAAGUCUGAUAGCCACCCGGAGAAACACUGAAGCGUGUAUCGUGAUAGAUAGCAUGACCAGGCCCUGAUUUCCCCGGCAGCUGUCACUCAUACCUCUCAUCCAGUGCUGUCACGAUUUCCGCUUUGAACUGCGUUCGUACUCACAGUCACGAGUGAAUCAGGCGCUUCGGUCUUUUCAGUGUGUGUGUGAGUCAUGCAUGACUGUACUGAGUGUACUUCGAAGUACUGGUGUGACCGUCUUGAACUCUUACAUAGCGGCGGUCUGGUUUGCCACAUCAUAGCUAAAUUGUUUCAGGAUGUACGAGUUCGCAGCAUUGUGGAGGGAGUUUACUACUUCACUACCACCGUACCAUCCAUGGUCCUUGCUGUAAAAUUUCCCAGCACGGACAAUAGAG